AUGUUUCUUCAUGAUAAUUCUCUUCCGCUUAAAAGAGAUGACAAGAGGUGAGCAUUUAAAGCCUAACGGAUUGUCUCGAUUUUGUUAUAUACCAUGUGUUCAUUAUGAUUGUGACUAUGCAGUCUGCAGCAUUCAUCAAAUAAAGUAACUGGACAAAGACCAUUAGCUCCUUGUUGCUUGGAACAGUGAAGGACAGCUGUUUUCAAUGUUUGGUAUAUUCUUAAUUCUUGGCUUGCCACCACGUGACAUGGCGGCUAUGUUGGGGUCAGGACAAUAGAAUGUUUUCUCGAAGAAUUUACGUGAAAAUAGAGUUUAGUUCCCACAGGAGAGAAAUGCUCAUGUUCUUGACCACCCGCAUGGCCGCCAUGAUGUCACAUGCAAACCAGCAAUGUAUAUUAAGAAAUUUGUGUAUUAAGUAACGUUGAUUUUCUAGUUAGUUCUAAUUCUUUUCAUUUUUCCUCAGUGACAAAGUGAAAAAAGCCUGUAAGAUUCACGAUGAAUAUUUUAUGGUCAAAGGUUUGGUGUUGCCUAAAGAAACUUACUCAUCUAAUAGAAAUCCAGUUACUGGAGCCUACCCUUCAAACCAAGGUUUGGUAUCACCAAUUCAUAUUCUUAUUCUUAUUGUAGACAUGAACUAGCAAUAGAAACACAGCACUAGAAAGUAAGCAAGAAAGUAAUUGAUAUCAUGUAACAUUUGCUUAUGUUAUCUCUUUUUUUUCUAUUGUCAGUUUCAGAUAUCCCUCCACUUAUUCAAGGAUCGCAUCCUUAUCCUUCUGCUCCAGGUGACGUGUGGUUACAUAUUUGCCAAGUUUUCUGGAUUAUCCUGGAGUCUCCUGGAUACUGCACUAAUCUCCUGUGUCUCCCUGGAAAAGGGAGACUUUUGAGCUUGACUGUGCCUUAGUUUGGAAUUUAUUCAUUUUUCCAAAAUAUGAACAUUUUUUUGACUCAUUUCAUCUCUGACAAAGAUUGUUUCAUCAGGAAUUUCUAUAGAUUAUUUCAUGAUGAAAUAAUUAUUAUUAUUCUAAUUAAAAAUAUGGCCUUCAUCAAAAGUGCCCUAAAAGUAUGACAGGUUUCAUAAACCUUUUAAGUUUCUGGUGUAUGUAAAACAUAUUCAGUGCUUCUGGUUCUUUGGAAGAAAACAAUUAUAUACUAUUUUUUUUGCUUCAAAUUGCAUUUGUCAGUAUGAACAUUUUCAGUUUAACAUCUUGCUAAAGUGCACCUUGCAAAUAACUAAGAACAUUAAAUUUAAAUCAACAUCCACAAGGGACAUCAUGCCAACUCUAAAACACAUAAAAUAUACAAGGUGAUAAUAAAAGCUAAAACUACAAGUAGAAACUUAUAUAAGUGGCUAGCAAAGGAUAACACAUAAGUUUGGAACUUUUUUGUGAUUAGCCACUGUAAUACAAUAUUAUUAAAUUAUAUUCCUGUGUUCAUAGUUUUCCUUUGAAUAUAACCUUCACUAUAGGUGUGACAUUAACAUCAGAAACAAUGGCAAACAGAAAUCAUCCAUCACAGGCUGGAGUACAACAACUAAUGGCUAAUCUUCCAGGAGAGUGAGUACACUGAAAAGCUUUAUUUGCAGUCAUAUCUACCAGAGCUUAUGAGCUCCAAAUGUGCAAAGAAAGUUCUUUAUUGUUCAUCUCCCCCCAAAACACAUGUGUCAACUAUUUUUCUUGUGUAUGUCAAAUUAUUGAACAAAAUAACUCUCAACUGGUAUAUUUUAGUCUCCAAGCUGGCAGAAAGAGCGCAGGCAUCAUGGACAUACAACAGAAAGCACUUGCCUCAGGUGGAAAAGAACGACUUGGCCCAUCCUCAAAAGCAUUAGUAGCAACAGGAGGAACAAAAUCAUCAACAGCAUUGGUACAACAAAAGAAAGCAGCAACACUUCCAAAACCACAAUGGCAUCCACCAUGGAAACUAAUGAGGGUAGGCAUAUGACUUUCAGAUAUAAACCAUGGACUUCUUAAUGUGGCUUAUAUUGACUUCUGGGUCUACACUAAAUCAGUAAUCUAUAGCAAUCAAUAGAAUCGCAAGUUCAAUAGAGCAAAGUGUUUAUAAUGUAAUAUUAAGAACCUCUACACCGCACAAUGGCCUCCUGCACCCGCACCCCUUCCUUGCUGAAUCAAGUAAACUACAUUUAGACCCUGUUUACAUGGAGUGGGGGACCCCGGUCUAGUGGGGUAAGUUUCUUUUGUUUUGUGUCCUCUAGAGCGUGAAGACAAAAGAAACCAACCCCACUAGACCGGGGUCCCGCACUCCAUGUAAACAGGCCCUUAGUUACUUAUUUUGGGUAUUAAAUUGUCAUUAAGUAAUCACUAAAGUUUCAGCGGUGUUUUUUAGGUAAUCAGUGGUCAUACAGGCUGGGUGAGGUCUGUGGCUGUGGAGCCUGGUAACCAGUGGUUCGUAACAGGUUCUGCUGAUAGGACAAUAAAGGUAAUGAACAUUAUAUUAUUGUUACUAGGAUCAUUAUAUUCUGUAUUCAUGAGGUAAAGGACAAAACACAAACACAACCAUGGAUGGUAGAUUUAAUUUCAGAAGUGUUUUUUUUUACUGCGGACCUGCCAACCCCUGAUAAAGGAAAAUCUGGAGACUUAUGAAAAAAAUUUGGGAGAUUCUACAAAAAGUAGUGAGAUUCCAUUUUUUUCCCAAUCAAGAUAAAACAAACCCUUUAUCCAUUGGGGAAAUUAGCUGUUUAUUUAAAAAUUACCUUGUUUUUUUUAUAUUUGUGGUCCCUCUUGUAACAAGAUGCCACUUUUUCAUUGAUGACUUUGAGAGGCCAGGGAUGAGGUGAUCACUGGGAAGAAACUUACAGCAGUUAACUUCAUGGCCAAAAUGUUAGACAAAGUGCCAUCAAGGCUUAAAGAGGCACUAGCAUUCCCCAUGAAUCCCCCCCCCCCCCCACUUUUUUUCUUUCAACAAGGUAACAUUUUAUUUUGAACUGAUAUUUCCCAAAAAGCCCUGAGACUGGGAGUCUUGUCAUGAGGCCAUCAGAAAAGUUAAAAAAUAGUGAGACUCAUGGCAGAAUCGCAAGAGUUGGAAGGUCUGUUACUGGACAUCUGGUUUUUCAUUUUCAUGAUGAUGUUCGUUGUGAGUGAAUAAGAUUAUCUAUGAUUUAGAAACGAGACCAGAGGAUAAACAGACGCUUUUUUCCCUUACAAACAGGUGAUAGUUGCCUAGUAAUGAGAUGUUGUCAACUGCUAAAGAAAUGACUUAUUAUGCGAUAACAAUGCAAUGUAAUCAUGUACUGUCCUUCUGAUAGAUCUGGGAGCUUGGAAGUGGCAAAUUAAAAUUGUCGCUAACGGGUCACAUCAGCACUGUGAGGGGACUGGCUGUAAGUCCAAGACAACCAUAUCUCUUCUCUUGUGGAGAGGAUAAGCAAGUCAAGUGUUGGGACCUCGAGUAUAAUAAGGUAUAUACGUACAUCUAGAGAUUGCAUCAGUGUAAAAACAGACAGCUUUUAAAAAAUUCCAAGUAAUGACAAUUCAAUUAGGGUGAAACAGACUUUUAAGAUUUUGGAAUGGCAUUCUGCUAACUUGCCAGGAACCUGCACAUCCUAAAAAUAUUGGUAUGACUGUCAUAAUAUUUGUGUUAUUGUUUUAUGAGGUUUUUUCUUGUAUUUCCUUACAGGUUGUACGACAUUACCAUGGUCAUUUGAGUGCAAUCUAUUCUUUGGAUCUUCACCCAACAAUUGAUGUAUUGUUCACAUGUGGCAGAGAUGCAACAACCAGGGUAAAAAUAUAUUAUAUUAUCACUGCUCAGGAAGGAAAAUUUUGAGUCCAUAAUCAAGAAGUGGUUAAGAAUUGUUUCAUGUCACAAAAAUGUUUUGGUUUUUUAUGACAUUUUUCAACUAAGGACAGGCUACAGAUACAUGAAAUAUUUUUUACUUCUACCACAGGUUUGGGACAUGCGAACGAAAGCCUGUAUUCACACAUUAACUGGACAUACAAGCACAGUAGCAGUUGUAAGAUCACAGGCUGCAGAACCACAGGUAAUGUAGUUAGUAUUUACAAGGAGAACCUCUCUUGAAGUUGUGGAAGGUGCUGUUGGGGUGAAUAAAAAAAUCUGUGAGUCUCCUGAAGUCCUAAUAAUUUGAUAAUAGGGAGCUUUAGCAACGAUGGCGGGAACCGCAAGAAGAAUGUCAAAAAAACAGUAGGUUUGAUCGGCGAAACAACAACUCUACAUGUGCAUCACGUUUUUUUGUAAAUUUCUUUGCCGUCACUGCAUGACUACAAUGUAAAAGUCCCUAAAGAAACGAUUUAUGGAGGAUGUAAACACAAGACUACAAAUUUCUUUUUCUCUCUCUAAACCUGGGUGCAGUAACCAAGAAAUCAGUUCCAGGGAAAUUCACCUACAUUUGAGAUUUAACACAAGUCAGAAUAAUCGCGACAAAGUUUGAAAAAAAAGCAAAGUCUUUUAAAUAGUGAGGUUUUUGCUGUCAUGGCCAUCAUCGUUGCUAUAAGCUCCCUAAUUUUAUGCACAGCAGGCAGGAGGUGGCUUGAUUCCUUACCCAGGUCAUCUCGUUAAUGUUGUGCAACAGAAAUACUAGAUCUUAUUUGUAUAAACACGGGAUACAAUCAUGUGAUGUGUCCCAUGCAAGAAAGAUCUAGAACAGUACUUAACUUCUGGUGGUUCAUUUCCUUUUGUAAAAUGAUACAUACAUACUGUUCAAGCCAUUUAUAAAUCCAUAAAAUGUGGACUGGACUGAAAAUGAAGUCAUUCAAUUGUUAAAUUUCAUCAGUCAGUGCAUGGCUCAUUUUUCAAUGGUUUUAUACUGUUUUGUAUUUUAUAGGUUAUAACAGGAAGCCAUGAUUGUACUAUUCGUCUGUGGGACUUGGCAGCUGGCAAAUCUAAAGUUACACUGACAAAUCACAAAAAAAGUGUUAGAGCACUAGUCUUGCACCCAACUCAGUAAGUGUCACUAAGCACUGUGUUGAUUACAAACACAGUAUAUAGUUUAAAAAAUACCCAGUGGUUAACAUUUAGUAUGCACUGAGUACUUGAAACCUGAUACACAUAAUUCUGGGUUAAUGUCAAAUCACAGGGUAAGCUUAAGUUUCCUUUGCUUAUUGCAUUAAUACAGUGUAGUUUGGCUUUAGUCGUGCCUUUAAGCUAACCUCUGCUCUUUCAAUAUUAUUGUACUUUAUAGAUUUUCAUUUGCAUCAGCUUCACCAGACAACAUUAAACAGUGGAAGUUUCCAGAUGGUAACUUCCUUCAGAACCUUAUUGGACACAAUGCUAUUGUAAAUUGUAUGGCAGUCAACUCAGAUGGAGUUUUAGUAUCAGGAGGUGGGUAUAGUUAUGUAAUCAUCUCUGAAAAUUCUGUUUAUCCAUGAGAAGGACAUAAUGGUUCUAUUCCCUUAUUUUUGUAAUCCUAACCUUAAUACUACCUAUGGUUAAAAAAUAUUAAUUACUACUCUUAAAACAAGUAAAAAAAGUAAAAAUGGAUGAAAAUAGUAAAGAAAUUAAUCUAGCUGAACCAAUAUUGGUGAAAAAUGCAGCAUGUCCUCAGUAAAACUAAUGUUUGAAAUGUCACGUCAGCAAUUGUGGUUUGCUUUCUUGUGGCAGUGGAAAUAUUUCUUGGUCAUGACAUUUCAACAAAAAGAUUUUUAUGAUCUGAUUUCUCUAAUUUCUACUCAAUUUAUCCAUGAGUGUUCUCCAUAGUUACUUUGACCAUAAGUUAAACUAAUACUGCUGUACUGUAUCAGGUGAUAAUGGCACGAUGCAUUUCUGGGAUUGGAAGACUGGCUAUAACUUUCAGCGUUCUCAGGCUUCUGUACAACCUGGCUCACUUGACAGUGAAGCUGGUAUCUUUGCCAUGACAUUUGACCAGAGCAGUAGUCGUCUCAUCACAUGUGAAGCGGACAAGACUGUGAAGAUUUACAAGGAAGAUGAUACAGCAGUGAGUAUUGGUCGAUUUCGCGCAGAAACAGGAAUGUCGCCAAGAGCCGGCUUAUUUCACUGGCUGCAAAACAGCUUACCACCAGCUUUUCCUAUGCCACAUCUGUGCAGAGAAAUGUCUAACCCCCACCUUGUUUGCUAAGUUUGAGAGCCACUGAACUGUUUAACAGAGAAUCAGAGCUCAUCUUGUUCCAGUUAUUUCAUUGCCCAUUGUUUCUGGCUUUACAAAGGCCAUCAACCCAACUUUAUGGCUUAAACCAAGCAACUUGGGGCAACGGGGGAAAUAAGCCUUAAUAAUUGAACCCUGCAUGCCCUCAGCCUCUUAAAUAUUAAAAAAAACCCUAGAGCUAUCACUUAUAAUGAUAACCUGUUCUUGUUUCAUUGUUCUCAGAGUGAAGAUACACAUCCGAUUAACUGGAAACCGGAGAUCUUGAAGAGAAAGCGAUAUUAGACUACAGUUUAUAGCUGAUGGAAUAGACAGACUGACAAACAUCUUGCCUGGCCAAGGUCAAUGAUGUUCAAACACCAGGAGGCCAAAAACGAUAGUGAAUAUUAUUUUAAUGACUGUAAAUAAAGUUUCUUUGUACAGAAAAGGAUUGAUUUUUCUCUUCUUUUUUGUAACAAAAAAUUUUGGAUUCCAAAGGGAAAUUUAAUUUUACCAGUAUGUUUGUCACUUGGGAUUAGUGUCUCUUCUCUUAUCCCCU